AUGGCGGACCUGGGGGCUGUACAAACAGCCUGGGCGGCGUGGGACGAUGCGCCUGUAGCCGCCACAGCACGCGCCGCAGUCGACGCGGCGCAGGUGUACGCGCGUGUGGUCGCCAGCGGCGCACAGGCCGAUGCCGAGGCGCUCUGGACGUGGCUCGGCCAGCGCUGGGCCCAGUGGCAAGCGUACGAUGCACAGCACCGCGCAGAUGCUUCGUACGCCGACAAAGAAAUACGUGAGCUGGCUGCAGAUGGGAUGCGCGCGCUGCUCGGCGUCGCUCGGAACUCGGCGUCGCAGGCGAGCCAUGCUGCGACAAUUUUGCGGCACUGGAGCGAGGUGUGUGGCGUGAUGAGCUACCUGCUGCUCUUUGAGAACAUGGUCGAUCCGACACUUAUUCCUGUGGUGCGCGUCCUGGCGCAACUGCUCGCAAAUGCGGUGACGAGCGACUUGGCUUUGCAGCAGAUCGUGUGGGACUUGCACGUUUUGGGAAAGCAAGCGCAGAGCCCGGAUGCUCUCGUGCGGCUCAUGUCGAGCAGCGACGCACGCACAGUACUCGCUGCAUCCGUGCUCCUGCUGAACUGUGUCGAUACGGCGCUCGAAGAGGAGCUCAACGGCUCCAUGACGACGCCGCCGCAAAAAGUCUCCUUUGCCCUCGACCUCGUGCAGACCCCGCAGGGCAUCAAGAUCAUGGAGACAGUGAUUAUGGUGUACGACGCGGCACUCAUUUCCGACCCUUCCAAGGGGGGAAGCGUGCAGACCAUGGCUCAAGAGACCGUGGAUGUGAUUACCUCGAUCGUGCAGCGUCUCAUGCGCUGCGGGCACUUUGGCAAGCUACUGCUUAACAUGCGCCCGACGAGCGGCGGCGAGCCGCACGUCAGCACGAGCCAGGUGACGCUCUUGCACAUUCUCGCCGCCUGCCUCGAGUCGCGACUCGAGCGGUGCAAGGGCGAGCAACACACGCAUCGCAUCUCUUCUCGCAUGCUCAGCAAAGUGAUGCAAAAAUCAGAGCGGUACAUGAACUCGAUGGUGCCGCUUCUCUCCGUCUUUCGCGACGUGGCUCACUAUACCAUUCAAACGAUGAAGGAGCACGUCGACGGACGGGGCGUCGUCGACUUUCGGGGAUUGAUUCGCGCGCACAUGGCACUUCUGGCGGCACUCCAGUGCCUGCAUCUCAGCGGCAUGUGCGGCCAGGAGGACGUGGCUCGCCGCGAGACGACCGGAAAUACACAGUUCCUCGCGCGACUGCGGUCGCCCGACGACAAGAUCGUCGAGACGUGCGUUACGCUCCUGCACGAAGUCAACCGCUUCUUUCCCGCCCAGUCGCCGUUCCAGACCAGUGGAAAGCGGUCGCAGGAGGAAGAGACGGGUAGCGUCAAGGCCAAGAAGACGGACAAGACGGUGCCUGACAUGGUGGACGGGGAGCACGGCAUGCCGGAUGGCAAGAUGGACGAUAUGCGGGACGAUACACGCGACGGGCAUGCCGACGGGCAUGCCGACGGAGAACCGGCCGCCGACGGGCAUGCCGGAGCACACGCCGUCGACGACGAUGCACACGGAGCCCACGCUGCCGACGGCCCAAGCGACAUGCGCGACGGCACACCCAACAAGGUCGCGAUGCGCUCCGACGCCGGCGCCGGCGCCAGCACUCAGCCAUCCGCCGCCCCGCUCCCGGACGGCCACGUUCCCACGCCCAACCUGAUGUCCCACCCCGUCACUGAUUCCCGCCCGGCACUCCACCGCCUCAAGUGCAGCGUGCUGCAGCUCAUUGGCACGAUCGUGUACGAGCCACCCGGCAUGCCGCGCCUUGCCGAGGUGACCGCGCUCCAAGACCACAUCCGCGAAUACGCCAUAUUUACGCUGCGCUACCUCCUUGCGCAGAACCCCGCAUCGCAGCGGCUCGUUGCCGAGCUGCGCCCGAUCCAGCCGAACGACGGCGCGGCGCGUACCGAUCGUCCGCCGCUGGCGGGCGCCGAGGAUGUGCCGAUGCCGACGGCCAGUGGAGCGGCCGCAUUGCAGUAA